AUGAGCUUCGUGGGCGCCCGUGGCGGAUCUUUCAUGGCGGCGGGCCCGCACGGUGGCUGGGCCGCGGGCUCCCGCGGGGCCUUCGCCAGCGGGGGCGCCUACCCUGGGAUGGGCUACGCCGGUGGUGGAGGGGGGUGCUGCGGAGGCGUGGGCUGCGGCAACAGCUGCGGCGCGGACGGGUGCGGAGUGGGCGUGGCGCCCGCGUGCGGUGACGCGUGCUGCGGGGUCGCGGGCGCCAGUUGCGGGGGCAUCGCUGGAACGACGAUGUCGUAUGUGGGCAUGGGCGGCGAUUACAUCGCCACGACCACUUACCAGUACGUGGGCCAGGGUGCUGGCACCUUCACCGUGGUGCCGAUCCCCGCGGCCGGGUGCAGCCCAUGGUGGCUCUGCUGCUUCCUGCCGCUGCUCUUGACCCCCCUCCUCUUCUUCGCGGGGACCACCACCACCACGACCACGACCACAACGGCCCCCCCCAUCAUCACCACGCCGCCUCCGGACGUCGUGCCUACGCCGCCGCCGAAGGAGUGCUGCAUCGACAUGUGCAACUGUGCCCGCGAUGGGACGCAGUGUGACGAUGACUGUGGCUCCGAGAAGUGUACCGAUUUCGACGACUGUGAUGAGAAGGGCAUCUGCAUCACGGGCACUCCCGAAUGCGAGAACCCCACGCCGGCGCCGCCGCCGCAGGGGCCCCAGAGGCACUGCAGGAUCUUCGGUGACCCGCACGUGGUGACGUUUGACGGGCAGUCAGCAAGCUUCUACUCUCAGGGCGAGUACUGGACUGUGAAGAGCACCACCGUCUGGAUGCAGGGCCGCUACAUGCCGACUCCGGUGACCAACGGCCUCUCCGUCAUGAAGGAGAUCGCGAUCGGCGGGCCCUUCCUGGAGGGCAAGGACGGCACGAAGAACGUCCUCCGCAUCUCCUCCCUCAGAGCGACCUUCAACGACAUCCCCAUCAUCUCCGGCUUUCCGGACGCCUGGGAGAACCAGGACCCGAUGAUCAAGGUUGUCACCGACGGCAGCGGGCAGGUGAUGCAGUCGAGCCGCUACGGCAAGCAGCUGCGCGUCGUGCACGUGGACCUGCCGCUGGGCGUCCACCUGGAGAUCAACCGCUGGAACGAGCCGGGCGAGGGCGACUACAUCAACACGAUGAUCACCAUGAGCAAGCAGCCGAACCAGGACGGCCACUGUGGAAACUUCAACGGUGUGCUCGAGGACGACACCCGGCCGCAGAUCCGCGCUCGUAUCGGCACCAUGGGUGUCCCGCCAGAGGAACUGCUCUUCCACACCAAGACCCCCGUGACGCCCGCGAACCGGCCAGACCUCAACAACUGCCCCACCGACAAGACCGAGAACGCCCGGCAGAUCUGCACGGGGAAGUCCAAGACCGGCAUGCCCAACCACGACUGCAUGGUAGACGUGUGCUUCGGAGGGGCACACUUCGCGGACAUGACCGACUACGACUAUGAGGGGCGUCGGGCAUCAUGA